GGGGAGAGUUGGACACUUCUUGCCUUUCUCAAGGCCAGUGGGUCUGAGACAGGCCUGGGUCAAUGCAGAGGGAACGGGCCCUGCACAGAUCUCUGCCCCUUACUGCCUCUGGCCACCUGCCAACCCUUCGGGUUCCUCCUCUGAGAAGAGAGCUGCUGUGCUGGGCUGGGAGGCCGUGAACCAGAGGUGACUCCGCAUAAGAGGAUGUCCACUGUCAGCCGCUCUGCCCUUUCCUGACCUUUCCCAGAACCAGGAAGCAGCACACAACCUACAGGGAUGGAAGCUUCUUUGCUUUCUGCAAGUACAGGGAAGUGACCUCACUGUACUACCCCCACUCUGGACUCAGCAUGAGAGAUGCCAGCUUUCCCACACCUGAGCUGCUGACACAGAAAGGGCCAAGGAGAAGAAGGGAAGAGGAGCAGUGAGCCCUUAGAGGAAGGCUUGUCCCUGCCAACUGUGGAGCUCUGGGAAUGCCCCUCCUGUCCCCAGCACCUUCACCUCGCUCUACCUUGCACAAUCCUGACCUGGUGGAGGGAGGGGUUGAAAUAUUGCCAAUUGCUUCUGAAGGAGUUGCUGGCAAUUGCCUCACGCUUCCUGGAUUUAGCAAAGGAUGGGCCAGCCCAUGCUAGAGGGGAGGCAGCAGCCCGGCGGCCCAUAAAUAGUUCCCCCAGGUUGGGCUCCUCAGCACUCCUCUUCCUCCUCCAACACCUGCCAGCCCAGCAGCUGUCCUGAAGCCAUGACCCUGGGUCUGCUGUGUUUGGGCCUCACCCUGCUGGGCGCCCUGCAGACGCAAGCACAGGACUCCUCUCCACCCCUGAUCCAGAGCCCACCUCUGAGCAAGGUCCCCCUGCAGCCAGACUUCAAGGAUGAGCAAUUCCAGGGGAAGUGGUACGCCAUAGGUGUGGCGGGGAAUGGAUUUCAGAAAGAAAAAGAAAGGCAGUCAAACAUGUACAGCGAUACCUACGAGCUGAAAGACGACCACAGCUACAAUGUCACCGCCACCCUGCUCAGGGGCCAGGUCUGUGACCACUGGAUCAGGACAUUUGUCCCAAGUGACCAGCCCGGCCACUUCACCCUGGGCAAUGUGCCACGCUAUCGUGCCAUCCAGAGCUACUUUGUGAGAGUGACAGCCACCAACUACAAUCAGUUUGCUAUAGUGUUUUUUCAGAAGAUGUCCAGAAAUACAGUGUACUUCAAGACUGUCCUCUAUGGGAGAACCAAGGAGCUGAGCCCUGAAGUGAGGCAGCGCUUCGUCGACUUUGCCAAGUCUCUGAGCCUCACUGAUGACAACAUCGUCUUCUUUGAGCCCAUUGAGAAGUGCAUCGAUGGCUGAGCGGGCACUGCUUCCUGUCUCUCCACGCCCUGUUCUUCCUGUCACUUUGCCCAAGGUGCCAGCUGGCUGCUCCACCAGCCACGAUGCCAUGACAGAGCUGGAAGACUUUCCCAACAGCACAGUGCUGCCCAUCCAUCACCCCAAAAGCCACCCCCCUGAUGGAGCCCUCCUUGUCUGCUAAAUAAACAGAUGCCCCCA